AUGUUCAAGGAUCGGACGAUCAUUACGAUCGCCCACCGCAUCAACACCAUUCUGGACAGUGACCGCAUCGUGGUCCUUGAUCACGGACGUGUGGCCGAGUUCGAUACGCCUGCCGAACUGGUAAAGAAGAAGGGUCUGUUCUACGAGUUGGUGCGUGAGGCUGGUCUUCUUGGAAGCGUCGAUGUCAGCAUUGCAGCAGAAUAG